ACCUUUCCAUAACGAACCUGACCCCCGAACCUACAUUUAUCUAGUGAAAGUUCCAGGAGGACCAGAACCAGGUCUUACGCCUGCGCGCCGGUCCUAAGGUUUUGUCCUUGACCGGGUCAGAACCUACAGGUCCGGGUAGGAGCGGGCUAGAGGAGAAGCCGUACAGCCGGCUCCGAGACGCUUGAGAGCGCUGUAAGGUUCGGGACUACGGUUCGGUCCGGAGGGUCCAGUUGUUGAAGGCGGGGUUAAAACCGGAACUGUCAGUUCCUGAAAGUUCCUGUUAUCCGCUAGCUGUGUUAUUACCGCCGCUGACAACAGGUCCGGUCCGGGAGGGUCCAGCUGGACGGUGGAGGCAGACGGAUGUCAACAUGUGUCCUUGACAACGACCUUUGACCUCUCCUUGUGGCCGGCCCUCUGACUGGUCCUGCUGAUGGCUUUCAGCAUGCAGGUGGCCUAUGAGAAGAUGCCAGCUCAGCUGAGGCGGAGCUCCAGGCUCAGGAAGCUGUCGGCCCUGCUGCUCGCCGCCUAUGCUGUCCGCAGACUUUCUCCGUACCUGUGGAGACGGUUGCAGAGAGCUCCAGCUGGGAACAAGGAGGGUGGAGCUAAAUCUGCUGUGGGCGUGGCUGACAGUGCAGAAGAGAAGAAGAGGAAAAGAGACAGCAAGUCUGUGUCUGUGAAUAGAGACUUCCUGCUUCGACUGUCCCGCCUCCUGAAGCUCUUGUUUCCCCGGUUGCUGAGUCCAGAAUGCGGCCUGCUCGCCCUCCACAGUCUCACGCUGAUGUCCAGGACCUUCCUGUCCAUAUACGUGGCGUCUUUGGACGGUGUCAUCGUCAAGUGCAUCGUUCAGAAAGACCCUCAAGCUUUUGUGCUGCAGCUCUCCAAAUGGCUGCUGGUCGCUGUUCCAGCUACCUUCAUCAACAGUGCAAUCAGGUUCCUGGAGGGUCAGCUUUCCCUCAGGUUUAGGAGCCGGCUGGUCAACCACGCCUACCAGGUGUACUUUGCAAACCAGACAUACUACAGGGUCAGCAACAUGGAUGGCCGUCUGUCCAACCCUGAUCAGUCUCUGACAGAAGACAUCGUCAUGUUUUCUUCCUCCAUCGCUCACCUGUACUCCAACUUGACCAAGCCCAUCCUGGAUGUGGUGGUCACCUGCUACACGCUUCUCAGCACUGCUCACGCCAAAGGGGCGAACACCUCAUGGCCUGCUGCCAUCGCUGGCCUGGUGGUGGUACUCACAGCUAAGGUGCUGCGCUCCUGCUCGCCACACUUCGGGAAGCUGGUGGCUGAGGAGGCUAAAAGGAAGGGCGACCUGCGCUACAUGCACUCUCGCAUCAUUGCCAACUCAGAGGAGAUUGCUUUCUAUGGUGGACACAAAGUGGAGAUGGCCCAGCUGCAGCAGAGCUACCGGUCCCUGUCCACCCAAAUCCAUCAGAUCCUUCUGAAGCGCCUCUGGUACAUCAUGCUGGAGCAGUUCCUCAUGAAGUAUGUGUGGAGUGCCUCCGGCCUUGUGAUGGUAGCUGUGCCCAUAAUCACCGCCACGGGAUACUCAGAAUCUGACUCGGAGGAGGUGAAGAAGGCAGCGAUGGUGAUGAAGGAGGAGGAGCUGGUGAGUGAGCGGACGCAGGCUUUCACCACAGCCAGGAACCUCCUGAACGCUGCUGCCGAUGCAGUGGAGAGGAUCAUGAGCUCCUACAAGGAGGUGACCGAGCUGGCAGGGUACACCUCCCGGGUCUCCGAGAUGCUGGAUGUGUUUGAGGAUGUUAGUCGAGGAAUUUACCGGCGGUCUGCAUACAGAGAAGAGGAGUCCUCAGGAACAGGAGGAGAUGAGGUCCAACCCAGGCAGAGAGUCUGCGGUCCGCUGGAGAUCAAAGGUCAGGUAAUCAGCGUGGAGAAGGGGAUUCGCUGUCAAAACCUGCCAAUCAUCACACCGUCCGGGGAUGUGGUGGUGUCCAGCCUGAACAUCCAGGUGGAGGAGGGCAUGGACGUCCUCAUCACAGGUCCAAACGGUUGUGGGAAGAGCUCCCUGUUCAGAAUCCUUAGUGGACUGUGGCCUGUUUAUGGAGGAGUCCUUUACCGACCAGAACCACAGCACAUGUUCUACAUCCCACAGAGGCCCUACAUGUCAGAGGGGACCCUCAGAGAUCAGGUGAUCUAUCCAGACUCGGUGGAGGACAUGCUUCAGAAGGGGGUGACUGACUCAGCCCUGGAGCAGAUCUUGAAGACAGUCCACUUGCUCUACAUCCUGGACCGAGAGGGAGGAUGGGAAUCGAUCAGCGACUGGAAGGACAUUUUGUCUGGAGGAGAGAAGCAGAGGAUGGGCAUGGCCCGCAUGUUCUACCACCGCCCGCGGUACGCCCUCCUGGAUGAGUGUACCAGCGCCGUUAGCAUCGAUGUGGAGGGAAACAUCUUUCAGGCCGCAAAGGAUGCUGGGAUUUCCCUGCUUUCCAUCACCCACAGACCCUCCCUUUGGAAGUACCACUCCCACCUGUUGCAGUUUGAUGGUGAAGGAGGGUGGAAGUUUGAGCCGCUGGACGCCUCCACCCGUCUGUCACUGCAGGAUGAGAAGCAGCGGCUGGAGACUCAGCUGUCUGGGAUUCCCAGGAUGCAGCAGAGGCUGUCAGAGCUGCGCCACCUGCUGGGGGAGGAGGAGCGUGACAACAGCGGACAGGGGUCUGAGGAGUGACGGUUUUACAGAACGCCGGUCCAACAUUUUCAGUCUCAUCUGGAUUUGGAAGAGUUUGACCCCCCUUCCACUUCCAGAGUGUAACCCACAGCCUCAGGACAGACGCUGCACCACAGAGACAUUUGGAACCACCUGAACACAACCAGCGGGAUCCUCGUGCUGGUUUUGCUGAAUUUGUUUGCACACAUCUCUGCCUGCUUCCAGGUGACUUCCAGCGGGUCAUGUGACUAGUGAUGUCAUCAGACUUUAUUGAUCAAAGGUAGAAAUUCAAGUUCUGUUUUAGGAAAUGUGUGGAUGAAGGUCCUCGUUCAUCCAUGCUUUAGGAAAUCUGAUUUUAAGAUCAAUAUUCUGCUGCUGUAUCAAUCACAUGAGGAAAUGAAGGUGCCUUACAAAAUAAAAGUCCCGAAUGACCAUUUCAAAAUAAA